CCGGGCACUUAGAAGUCGUUUUGACAACAAACAUGGCGACGGAGGACGACUCGGACAUUCCAGAAACUGGAGCCGUGUUUACAUAUGGAAAAAGCAAGUUUGCUGACAACACUCCAAAUAAGUUCUGGAUACGCAAUGACAGAGUGAAACUGGUUGGCUGUGGAGAUGAACAUACUGCCUUAGUCGCAGAGAGUGGCCGAGUAUUCACAUUUGGUGCAAACGACUGGGGUCAGCUGGGACUAGGGAACACUAAACCCCAAACAAAGCCUAGCUGUAUAAAAAAUCUAAAAGCUGAGAGUGUAAAGCUAAUAGCAUGUGGCAGGUCCCAUACGCUGCUUACCACAGAAAGUGGUAAACUUUUUGGUUUUGGUGCUAAUGGAGAGGGUCAGCUAUGCUUAGAAGACUCCCCUUCCUCUAACAUACCAGUGGAAAUAAUUGGUAUAGAUUACGAUAUAAAGCAAUUAUCGGCUGGAACCGAUCAUUGUUGCGCAUUAACAGAUUCAGGUGAAGUGUAUGUGUGGGGAGGUAAUAGUGAAGGUCAGCUAGGCCUAGGGGAGGUAGACGAUGAUGUGCUGACAACACCAACAUUACUUGAGUUUAUAGAGGAUGUCACAUGCGUCUCAUGUGGCUAUUAUCACACUGCGGUUGUUACAGCUGAUGGGAAGCUGUGGACAUUUGGAGAGAGUGAUGGUGGUAAACUGGGGCAGGAUGGCAAUAACACAACCCCACAACACGUCACUGCAAUAAAAGAUAAAGUGAUCUCAGUAGCUUGUGGUGGAUCUCACACGGUAGCCUUAACAGAGAAAGGUCAUGUCUAUACAUUUGGAGAUGGCCCCAAUGGACAGUUAGGUCAUGGAACAAUGCUGCUCAAUACACCAGAACCAACCAUGGUCUCAAAUCUUAGAACAGAAAAAAUAAUUGCAAUUUAUUGUGGAGAAAGUCAUACAGCAGUCAUAACAGAUACUGGUCAGUUAUUCACAUUCGGUGAUGGUCGCCAUGGGAAACUAGGACUUGGUGCUGAAAACUUUGCUAAUCAAUUUAAACCAUGCAGAGUCUCACGAUUUAAACAUUUUGACGUAGAAAGUGUAUCCUGUGGUGGAUGUCACAUGUUAGCCCUUGCUCACAAAAAGCAGUCAGAAAAUGGUGAGAUAAGCUCUUCAGAAGAGGAGGAGGAGGAGCAGACAAAUUUGAAGAACUCCUGGAACAGUCGGGGCAGAGAUGACAUUGACCUAUCUAGCAGUAUGACGGCUGCAAGGAACAGACGGAGACGGAAAGAGGAACCUCUAAAGCUGAAUCGCACAUUGCCACCACUAGGUGGCUCUCGAGCACUACCACCCUUAGGAGGGCCACCUUUAGGCCAAACUCAACCAAUUCCUGCCAAACGAAGUGACCCAUUCCAGAGAGGGACACUUGCUCCUAUCAAAAAUGAUGAUAAGAAACCAGCGAAAGAUGAAGACGAGGAUGAUGAAGAUGAUGAUGAAAGUGAGGUAUCAGUGACCCCUGAAGAUUCAGAGGAGGAAGAUACUGAAGAUGAGGAACCUCUUAACAGAACCAAGGAUAAGGCUGGUGGAAAAUCUAAUAUAGCUGCAAAAACUAAGCAAGACAAAACAAAACCAAAACCUGGUGUGGAGGGACGACACAUACUAGCCAAGGGACCUAACCAUACCCGCACAUUUUCUCCAGAUGAUCAUGAAAUCAGAAAGCUCAAUAAAAAACUUAACUCGACUUCCAUGAAUGAUAAGAAGGAAGAAGAAGAAUCGGAAGAAGAAGACAGUGAAGAAGAGGAUGAUUUAGAGUCAAAGUUUAAGUCAAAACAGAAAGAAAUUGCCAAAAAGAAAGGAAAGAAAACCACAUUUGAAAGUGAAGAAGAUAGUGAAGAGGAAAAAGAUACCAAGAAAUCUAAAAAUAACAAAGAUAAAGAUAAGAAAAAAGGAAUUCUUAAAAAUAAAAAGGGCAAGAAAAUCGAAGACUCAGAGGAAUCAGAAGAGGAAGAAGAGGAGGAAUCAGAAGAUGAAGAGACUGAAAAGGAAAAUAUAAAAAAUAAAAAAGACAAUAAGAAAAAGGAAACUAAGAAAGACACUAAAAAGGACACUAAAAAGAAAAAAGGAGGAUUUAGUUUAUUUGGUAAAAAGAAAGCUGAGGAAUCAGAAGAGGAUGAGGAUGAUGAUGAUGAGGAAGAGGAGGAAAAAGAUAAAAAAGACUCCAAAAAGAAAAAAGAUGACAAGAAAAAGGAUAACAAAGACAAUAAAAAGAAGAAGGGAAAAGAUGAUGAAGAAGAUGAGGACGAUGAAGAUGAUGAAGAAGAUGAAGAGGAAAAAGCAAAUAAAGAAAAAGACAAGAAGAAAAAAGGUGAAAAAGAUAAAAAGGAUGAAAAAGAGGAUGCCCCUAAAAAGUCGAAACUGUGUACAAUAUUAUGA